AUGACACAGAACCAAUUGAAACAAAAGAUUGUCAAUGAACUCGAGAAUCACCAUCAAAAGCUUUCAAGCAACAUCAAGGAUAAAUCCAGCAGAAAAGUUAAGAAGAGCAAACAGAGGAAUUUGCCUAAGAAUAAAGCUAAAGUUAUAUUCAAACCUAUGCAAAACCUAUCUGAUGUCACCAACAGGAGAAAGAAGCACAACAAAGAGAUAACCUUGGCUCUUCAAAAUUUGAAUCAGGAAAGUGAUCAUGAAGUGGCUGUGAAUGAUCAGAGGCAGUCAAAUAAUUGUGAAAAGAGGGUUCAAUCUGGGAAUGCCAAUAAUCAGGAUACCUCUGUUACAAACCCAAGCAGGGAAACCAACGAGAAUCAGCAGGAGUCGAUUCAAGAAAGUGAUGUUCAAAAUGGAAAUGAAGAUCCUAAAAAUAGACAAAAGGAAAAGAAAACUCUUAACAUAAGAGACUAUGUCAAUGAAUCAACCAGUGUUCCUUCAGAAAUUAAAAAUCUUCCUAGGACUGAUAUGGUAGUUGAUCUCAACAUGGAACCCAAUCCAAAACAAGACAAAUAUGUUACUAGCCAGCAAAUUGAAGUGACUUUCCCUAAUAUGGUGACAAUUAUAAUUCCUGAAGAUCAGCUCCAAACAGAUUUGAAUGAGGGAUCCUUUCAAAUCAUAGGUGGUAAAGAAAAUAGGAAGCUAAAAGGAAGAAAGAACAAAAGCAAAGAUACUACACCUCCUAAAGGAGGACACUCAUGCUGA